AUGAACGCUCUGGAAGAUGUCCCAUUUCAGACCCCACUGGGUCCACUGAGGGAGGAAGUCCAGCUGGUGACCGGUCCAGACCUCACUAUACCAGACUGCCAUCGGAUACUGCAAGAAACUGAGUACGGAUUCAACCUGGAGAAGUGGAUUGUAACUAGGCAGCAGCCUGUCUGCCAGGCCCCAUCCUGUCCCCCCUACUGGAUGAUGUUCAGCAGCCCUCAGGUGACCCACAGGGUCAGUCGCAGGGGCAGUGACCCGUGGGUCAGCCCUCGGCCCCGCAGUCACAGUCUGAACUCUGCAGACACCCGCUGGCUGCACCAUCGCACCGUCAAGUUCCUCAUAUCUGACUCAGAGGAUGAAGAUGGGUACAAUGAGGAUAAUGAAGGCUCCUCCACUGAAGAUACACGUCACCUCAUCAAGAUAAGAGAGCGGCCCCGGAGCGCUGCACCCAGAGACAGAGUCUCCAGAGUCAAAGACAUGCACUGGGGCCCCUCCAUUCACCACUGUAAGCCGGACUCACCUCAGACCCUCAGAGGCCACAGAGGCAGCUUAACAUCUCUCCAAGACUUCAGACAGCCGCUGCGUGCACUGGAGCAGCAUAGGUCACAGCAGGGCAGCCCGCUCCCUCCUGGGCAGAAGAACUGCAAGAAGAGGCAGCGUCCACUGGGCUCUGUGGGCAGAAAGUUCUCCCUAAACGCACCUCCUGCUGGUCCGUCUCCAUCCAGGCUGCAGCAGCAACGACCCUCCUCUGCAGGGCCUGUUGUCAAAAACCGCAGGCAGAAGGCCCUGAGGACAGGUGGCUCUCGUGGGGUUUUCUUUGACUCAGCAGCAGAGCUGUUGUCAGCGCUCAGCCAAGAAGAGAGGGAGCUACUUGAAACCAUCACUGAGAAGGGUUACCCUUUACGCACAGCUAUUCUGGCACUGCAGAAGACAGGCUAUCACAGCCCAGAGAAGAUCCUAAAAUACCUAGUUGCCAGUGACCGUCUGUGUGAGCUGGGUUAUGAUGAAGCACAAGUAGAGGAGGCCUUGGAGAUGUUUCAGAACUGUGAGAGCAAGGCUGCCGAGUUCCUGCGUCUCCUCGCUCAGUUUAAUGAGAUGGGCUUCCAACAAAAUGCCAUCAAAGAAGUGCUGCUCGUUCAUGAAAAUCAUCGUGAGAGGGCUCUUGAAGAACUCAUGACACGCAUGGCUUAAAGCCGAACAUGUUCUCAUUUCUAGUUCACAUGGAGAAAGGAUUAUUUUCUAUGGUAUGUGUGGAAAAUGUACUAAAGAUACUAAACAGAUACUGCCUUCCAACUGUGCUGUUAACAUCUGUGCAACUCAACCACAGAGGCUGUAAUGAAAACGUUUCAGUAUAGUUAAAAUGACACAGAGUAAGAAUUACACUUAGUGAGGAUGAAUGUUCUUUUAAAAAGUUUAUUUACAGGUUGACUUUUAAAAAAGCAGGAGCAGCAGAAGUUUUUGAAGAGCAAAUUUAGCUGUCAUUCCAGCUGGAUCAAUCGAUUCAUGGGCUAACUGCUACAGUACUAACUCUCAAGUAGUGAAUUAUAGAUAAGUUUCACUUAAAAAGGCUGUAUCCCCAUAAGAAAAAUGUCAAAUAAAAAGCCACAACCGCCUAAAGCCACAAACAUCAUUAACUUACCACAAAAA